CUACAAUGUAGAUAAUAGUACAAAUAAAAGUAAAACCCUUAAAUGAGUAGGUGUUCUAAAACUUUUGACCGGUAGUGUAUAUUCAUAGAUGUAUGGAGGAGUGUGUGUUUAUGAAAGUUAGAUAAAAAAAUUAAGUAACCUUUAUAUAAAAAGGAACAUUGGUGGCAAAUCUGAUGACCAAAUGAUAAAGAACAUCUAGCCGCUCGAGCACCCUUACCUGCCGAUCUAUAAAUUACAUCUCCGUAACCUAGCAUGGGUAGGAUGGUCAUCUGAAUCAGGGUUAGUUUGGCAGCUGUGGUGAAAGAGGAGCGAUUACGAUAGAGGAAACCUAGUCUAGAUUUAACCUUAGCCUGCAGCUUUGAUAUGUAAUGAGAGAAGGAUAGUGUACCAUCUAGCCAUAGUACUUGUACGAGUAGGCCUACAUGGUUUACAGUGAGACUUCACCAGCAACUAUAUCCAGCCACAGACACAAUGAGGCUGUUUUUCAAGCAGCAUUUUGAAUGAAAAUCAAAAAGGUGUGAUAUUUUAUUUAAUACAUGCAUUUCCACAUGCACAUAACUACAAGCAUACAGCACAUCUGUAUCUGCGUCAGAGAAAACCGCACCUAGUCCCCUGCCUCAUCUCAUUAGUCUGCACGCUCAGGCUUGCCAUCACUGGAACCUUCCCCUUCCUGUCGUUCUGAGGCCGCUGCCCACUGACACCAUUGACUAAUAGAAAGUACACUGUGCUCUGGGGCUGACAGGAGAGUAGGACUUAAUUGACUCCUUUCGCCAAAUAGAGCAAUCAACUGAAAAAUGUCCACUGUUCGGGAGUAGGCUAGCUCUUAGAUGAAAAUCCAAUAUAUAAAGGAAUUUGAAAGUUUGAACAAAACACCCUACAUACAUUUCAUUGAUAUUUUCAUGAGAUCCUGAAAGAAUGCUAAAGGGCACCAAAACAAGCUAACAAAUCCUUUUCACCUCACACCUGAUUUACUCAACAAAAAGGCAAAUCAAUAGGUAGUCCAGGUAAGUCACGACAUGGCACAAGUGCGGAAGUGAGCCUUUCCCCUUUUGUUCUCUAUUGCUCCACUGUUCCCUCAAGCAAGGGGGGAGGCCGAUGACAUCACAACUUCAUCAAACCAACUCCUUGAAGUAUCCAGUUUUCUAAAAAAAAUGAUUUCUCAAAACAUAUUGUUUUACCCUUUGGUGUGUGUACAUUAGAGAUAUCUGAAGUAUAAAUAAACUAACAGGAGAAGUUAAUUAAAUAAAUAAUUACUGGAGGACGUCUUUAAACAUUCAGAACCCCACCCGUCUCCCGCCAAGCCCAGCCAGAGACAAAUCUCGAAGGUGAUUACAUAGCUAAAGCAGUCAGAUGUGGGAGGGCCUUGGAUGGGUGGUAGCCUACUCCUCCCAGUGUGUAAGCAAGUAGUCAGUUAAGCUUCAGUCUGUGGUACAGCUUCAGAACAGAAGACUGACUCCACUGACUGUUAGGCCUGGAAAGGCUGUAUUUUCUGGUGGACAGAACAGACAGUCUACAGCAGAGCCCAUCUGUCUACAAGUGUAGGGUCAGUCGGAGCACCAUGCCCCCAGGGGCUGCAGCGGGAUCAGACAGGAAGAGGGCUGCCAGAGGCCUGGAGGGACCCAGAGAGGCAGCACAGAGCCUCUCAGACGCUCAGCUCACAGACCCAAGGAGAGGCACAUGACUCCCCCUCUCUCACUAAAGCAAGAAACACUGCCGACUCUGGGGUGAGAGGAGAAAUGAUCCAGACUCCGAGAAGCCAACAUCAAGGCUGCUCACAGAGGACAUAAAAACAGGCUUGGGAUCUUAGAAUUACGUGAUACAUCAAACACGUACCAAUGGAUUAACAGGGGACUGGUCUUGUCUUUUUGGAUACAAGCACAGGUAUUGAUGGAAUUACUUGUUAUUUUUAAAAACACUGGACAUGGUGGUGUUCACAUGAGGACAUUGUGCUUAUGAACAUUGGAUACGAGAGAAGGUGUGGUUAUUAUUUGAGCUAGUAUUCCCUUAUGCUGGGGGAAGAUUGGAAAUGACAUAACUGAUGAAAUGAAGGACUGAAAUUAAGUGCUCCAUUCUUUGGAAUUAACUUGUACAAGUGAUCGAUGCUUUCCACAAAAACAUUCCCAUUGUUGUAUUGACAUUCAGCAACACUCCCAUCCUCUACUCCUCUCUAAAGAUGCAUAAUAGCACUCUAGAGACUGAUGGCAUCAGUGCUCUUGGUUUGACCCAAAACAACAUGAGCUGUAUUAAGAGUGAUGGCUUUAAGUAUACCCUGUACACAGCAGUUUUCAGCCUGGUCUUCAUAGUCGGGCUGCUCUUCAACAUGGCUGCCAUGUACAUCUUUGCCUGCACGCUGAAGCUGCGCAACGAGACCACCACCUACAUGAUGAACCUGGUGGUGUCCGACCUGCUCUUCGUCCUCACCCUGCCCUUCAGAAUCUUCUAUUUUAUCAACCAGGAUUGGCCGUUUGGCAGGGGGCUCUGCCAGCUUUCUGUCUCCCUAUUCUAUACCAACAUGUACGGUAGCAUUCUCUUCCUCACUUGCAUCAGCGUGGACCGCUUCCUGGCCAUCGUCCACCCAUUCCGAUCGCAGGCGUUGCGGACGAAGCGGAAUGCCAAGUUGGCCUGCUGCGCUGUUUGGGUGUUGGUGCUGUCUGGCAGCCUUCCGACAGGCUUCCUCCUCGACACCACCUCGCUCAGGUACAAAAACUCCUCCGUCAACUACUGCUUUGAAAACUUCUCCAACAAGCAGUGGAAGUCCAGUCUGUCCAAGGUGGUGGUGUUUAUUGAGACAGUGGGAUUCCUGAUUCCGUUGUUACUCAACAUCUUCUGCUCCGUUUCGGUCCUCCAGACACUGCGCCAGCCCCAGGCUAUCAGCCGUGGGGGCCAGCUCAACAAGACCAACAUCCUGAGGAUGAUCGUGGUCCAUCUUCUCAUCUUCUGCUUCUGCUUCAUCCCCUACAACGUCAACCUGGUGUUCUAUGCCCUGGUCCGCACCAAGCUUCUGAAGGGCUGCGCUGUGGAGUCGGUGGUGAGGACCAUCUACCCCAUCGCCCUCUGCAUUGCGGUCAGCAACUGCUGUUUCGACCCAGUCAUCUACUACUUCACCUCCGAGACAAUCCAGAACUCUAUCAAACGUAAAUCUAUGGCGGUUCGCAACAAGAAUAAGCUGGACAAGGGUCUUCAGACAAACAUGCUGCAGAGCCAGAGCAUAAUUCAGAACAACCCAAGGACUCAAUUUUACCUAGAGUCCACCGUGUGACAUCACCCACAUGAGCCAAAUUAAUGAGGAAUCAGUGCGAUAUUUGACAUCAAUAUUUCAGUGAGUCAAUAUUUGGUGCAAUACGCCCAGAUGAUCGUAACAGAUGGGAGAUGAGUGGUCUUGAGUGGAUUCUAUAGGAACCAUGGCAUCACAGGAACAAAGUGAGAAAACCCUAAAGAGCGGUUGCAUUAAGGGUCCCAUCCUUGCACUAAGUACAGUGACUCAGCUCUGAGUGUUCUCGUGUUAAAGGGGUACUUUGGAAUUUUGGCUAGCAUGCUAGCAGAUACCCAUAGACUUCCAGUCAUUGUGCAAAUCCUAGUUAGUAUAGGCUUGCAAAACUACCUCGUACUUCUUUCAUACUGGACACAGAACAAUACAAAUGUUAUCUGACAAUGGGGAAGUAGAUAAAGGGCCUCAUUAACAAAAUCCAGAAGUACUCCUUUAAGUAUUGCAUCAAUAGCAGUGUCGAGUGUGAGGAUUAGCCUACAUGAUGCAGGUCUGGGUGAGGAAACCCUGGAGCUACAGAUUUACAAAACAAAACAAAAAAAAGUGAAAAUGUACCCACAACACACUUUGUGACUUGUCAAACAGUGGCCGGGGUCUCUACAUGUUGUUCUAUUGAAAGACUUGAUACCAGGCAGUUGUCAGUGUUUUACCUGUGACUAAAUACAGUGGAUUAACAACCAAAAUUAUGAAAUAGCACUAUAGUGCAAGUUAUUUGACUUGCAAACUAUUUCUCCCAAUAGUGACAGUGCCUUGAAUGAAUAAAAAGAAAGCAAACAA